AUGAGCGAUCCACUCUUUAUUCCACAUGAAUACUAUCUGGCAGGUAACCUCAUCAUUGGUGGGAUAACUUCUCAGCUCAUAACUUAUUUUGAAGAGUUGUUGUUUGCAGAAGACCCCAAGAAAAAACAGAUUGGAGAACCUAUCAUGCAGCUGAAGAACUACCAGCAUGUCCUUGCCUUGGUGUUUGCUCUGAAUGAGGUUAAUAAUAAUCUCAAGAUUUUACCUAAUGUCAGUCUUGGAUGCCACCUCUAUGAUAGUUACUUCAAUGCAAAACUGACUUAUCAGAACACCUUGAAUUUCCUCUGCACUUUGAAAAGGAUCAUCCCCAACUACCGCUGUGACACCCAGAAUAAUUUGAUAGCUGUCAUUGGGGGACUUGAAUCUGAAAUCUCUCUCCAUAUAGCCAACAUCUUAAGCAUCUACAAAAUUCCACAGGUAACCUACAGCUUCUUUGUUCCAGCAAUGAAAGAUAAAUCCAAGUUCCCUACCAUCUAUCAGAUGGUCCCCAAUGAAGAAAGUCAAUACAGAGGAAUCAUCCAGCUUCUGCUGCAUUUCCGGUGGAUAUGGGUUGGGAUAAUUGCAUUAGAAGAUGAUCAUGGAGACAGGUUUGUGCAAGUCUUGAUGCCACUGCUGUCCCAGAAUGGCAUUUGCCCUGCCUUCAUUCAUAGGUUUCAAAUCUUGACUGCCUCUGAAGACAUGAGAGAUAUUUUCUUCACGUCAAGACCAAGAGAGAUUUUGAGCCUUCUCCAAAACAAAACAGAAGUCAAAGUAUGUGUCACAAAUGCUGAUUCACAUACUAUGAUGAUUUUGAAAUGGUUUCUGUACCUGGGUCAAAUGGAAGAUAUGAGCGAGGCUGUGAUGGGCAAAGUAUGGAUCAUGACAGCCCAAUGGGAUUUCUCGUUACUGGCGUAUGAAAAGGUUCUGAACAUUGAAGUGUUCCAUGGUGCUUUAUCUUUUACAGUUAAGUACCAAGAAGUAACUGAGUUUCAAAAUUUCCUUCACGUUCUACAUACCCAUUGGCCAGAAGAAGAUGGAUUUCUCAGGGUCUUCUGGGAAUCAGCAUUUAAUUGUUUGUUGUUGGAUUCCAAACUGGAUGGAGACCCAGGUCAAUGUACUGGUGAGGAGAAACUAGAAAGCCUUCCAGGUCCUUUCUUUGAAAUGAGCAUGACUGCACAAAGCUAUAGCAUCUACAAUGCUGUCCACGCCAUUGCGCAAGCUGUACAUGCCAUGUAUUCAGCUAGGCACAAAUACAGGAAAAUGGUGGUGCCUCUCUCUGUGUGUAAUGAUAACUGCCACCCAGGCUACAGCAUUGAAAAAAAGGAAGGAGAGUCAUUUUGUUGCUACAGUUGUACUCUGUGUCCAAAAGGGAAAAUUUCAGACAAGAAAGACAUGGGAGAUUGUUUCAAAUGCCCUGAAUAUGAGUAUCCAAACAAAGACCAAGAUCAAUGUCUUCCUAAGAUUUUAAACUUUCUGUCUUAUGGUGAACCAUUGGGAGUCACUUUAGCAUUCUUGGCUUCAUCUUUCUCUCUGAUCACAGUUUUGGUGCUUGGAAUUUUCAUUAAACAUUGGAACACUCCAGUUGUCAGAGCCAACAAUCGAGAUCUCACCUAUUGUCUACUCAUAUCCCUCCUCUUCUGCUUCCUCUGCACCUUGCUUUUCAUUGGCCAGCCUCAGACACUAACCUGCCUUCUACGUCAAACAACCUUUGGCAUCAUCUUCUCAAUUGCUGUUUCUUCCUUGCUGGCAAAAACCAUCACUGUGGUUUUGGCUUUCAUGGCUACUAAGCCAGGGAGCCAAAUAAGGAAAUGGGUUGGGAAAAGACUGUCAUAUUCUAUUGUUAUAUCCUCCACCAUUAUUCAAGCAGGAAUUUGUGCUAUAUGGAUCUUUAUUGCUCCUCCCUUUCCAUAUAUAGAUUCUCAUUCUAUGACUAAGCAAAUCAUAGUGGAAUGUGAUGAAGGAUCAAUAACUAUGUUUUACUGUGCUCUGGGUUACAUAGGAUUCUUGGCUACUGUCACUUUUAUUGUGGCUUUUUUUGCUCGCAAGUUGCCGAACACAUUUAAUGAAGCCAAAUUCAUCACUUUCAGUGUGUUGGUGUUCUGUAGUGUUUGGUUAUCCUUUGUUCCAACUUAUCUGAGCACAAAAGGAAAACAUAUGGUAGCUGUGGAGAUCUUCUCCAUCUUGUCCUCCAGUGCUGGUUUACUGAGUUGUGUCUUUUUCCCUAAAUGUUUUAUAAUUGUUUUUAGGCCUAAUUUGAAUUGCAAGAAUCACCUAGUAAUAAGAAAUAAAUUCAUUUCUAAAAGUUUGAAAUGUCUAUAA